AUGUCGAAUUCAAACACAACCGAGAGCGAUAUCUCUCAACAGCCUGCUCAGCAAAAGCAGAAGCCUCCUGUUUUGGAAGAAGACGAUGAAUUUGAAGAUUUCCCGGUCGAAGGUAAGAAAGAUCCGACCUCUCAUGAACUGUGCCUGGUUGCCACUCAGCCUCAACCCGAGGAAUGUGGCAGGUGCAAGCCUUUUGGAUUUAAUCGACAUCUCACUUCUAACACAUUUUAUUGUCUUUCAGACUGGCCACAGGAAGAGACCGAACAAGGCCAAGGCUCAACGACGACCAACGGCGCUAAAACACAUCUGUGGGAGGAGAGCUGGGAUGACGACGACGAGAACGAAGAUUUCUCCAAGCAAUUGAAGGAAGAAAUAAAGAAGGUUGAAGGCGCCAAGUAG